CUUGUUUUGUAACUGAUGCUACACUUUCUCUCUUAUUCACCCCAGCUGUGUGUAUCCAAGUGCCCAGACAGAUUUGCCACAUACAUCGACAUGCAAUACAACUAUAGACGCAAUAAGAGCUACUGGGAUUACUACAAGCAAUUCUGCAAGCCAGGCUUCAACAAUCCUGAUAAGCCGGUUUCUCAGGUGCUUCGGGAAGAUUGUCCCUCAAUGAUUGUGCCAAGCAGACCAUUUCUUCAGAGGUGCUUUCCCGAUUUCAUCACCAGAAACGGGACAUUAACUGUUGCCAACAAAACAAACUUCAAGGAUGGACACGGUAAAGUCAGAAGUGUCGUCGAUCUGAGAGAUGCAGCCAAUGGCAUCACCAGCCUGUUGGAUGCAAAGGAGGUGGGCGUCAAGAUCUUUGAGGAUUACGCCAGCUCGUGGUUUUGGAUCCUAAUUGGUCUGGUGAUAAGUAUGCUGGUCAGUCUGAUCUUCAUUCUGCUGCUGAGGUUCACCGCUGGCGUUCUCUUCUGGAUGGUGAUCUUUGGGGUCAUCGUGGCUGUGGGCUAUGGAAUAUGGCAUUGUUACUGGGAGUACAGUACACUCAAGGGGAAGCCGGACUCUGACAUCACCAUCUCAGACAUUGGAUUCCAGACUGACUUCCGGGUUUACUUGCAGCUGAGUCAGACCUGGCUCAUAUUCAUGAUCUCCUUGGCUGUCAUUGAAGCUAUCAUCAUCAUAGUGCUGAUAUUCCUGCGGAGCAGAGUUCGUAUUGCCAUUGCUCUUCUAAAGGAGGGCAGCAAGGCGAUUGGCUGCAUCAUGUCAACACUGUUCUAUCCCAUCAUCACCUUCCUGCUUCUGGCUCUUUGUAUUGCAUACUGGGCUGUUACAGCUGUUUUCCUGGCAUCAUCUGGUGAGGCAGUAUAUAAAGUAAUGUCAACGCUACCCGACUGCAAGUAUACCAACCUCACCUGUGACCCAGAGACCUUCAGUCAAUCCAACGUGACUAAACUGUGUCCAGGCUCCCAGUGCACAUUUGCUUUUUAUGGUGGGGAGAGUUUGUACCACCGUUACAUCUUUGUUCUUCAGCUCUGCAAUUUGCUGGUCUUCCUCUGGCUGGUGAAUUUCACCAUCGCUCUGGGUCAGUGCACCCUCGCCGGGGCGUUCGCUUCGUAUUACUGGGCCUUGAGGAAGCCAGAAGACAUCCCACCUUGCCCCUUGGCUUCAUCAUUUGGCAGGGCUUUAAGGUAUCACACAGGCUCUCUUGCGUUUGGAGCUUUGAUUCUGUCCAUUGUACAGUUCAUCCGGAUUAUUCUGGAGUACCUCGACCACAAACUGAAAGGUGCUCACAAUGCAUUUACACGCUUCCUGCUGUGCUGCCUAAAAUGCUGUUUCUGGUGCCUAGAGCACUUCAUCAAGUUCAUGAACAGGAAUGCUUACAUUAUGAUUUCAAUAUAUGGGAAGAAUUUCUGUGCCUCGGCGCGAGACGCUUUCUUCCUGUUAAUGAGGAACGUUAUGAGAGUUGCUGUUCUGGACAAGGUGACUGACUUCCUGCUGUUCUUGGGCAAACUGCUGAUCUCAGGGAGUGUGGGUGUCCUUGCAUUCUUUUUCUUCACCCGCCAAAUACCAGUAAUCCAGGAAGAGGUGCCGUCAUUAAAUUAUUAUUGGGUCCCUCUGCUGACUGUGAUAUUUGGAUCAUAUAUGAUUGCACACGGGUUCUUUAACGUCUAUGCCAUGUGUGUAGAUACAUUGUUCCUCUGCUUCUUGCUUGAUUUGGAGAAGAACGAUGGCUCGGCGACCCGGCCGUAUUACAUGGCCAGCAGCCUGCGUGCCAUCCUCAACAAGAAAAACAAGAGACCAGAGGAGAAAAAGAAACGUAGAAAACAAAAGAAGGAGCAACCAAACAAAAGGCACUGACAUGUAAAACACAGAUUCUGGUUAUUAUAGUAAAUGGACUGAUUUAAGCAAUAUUCAGUCAUGCAUGUAGAUAGUUUUGUAUUAUAAAUCUCAUUAGAAACCCAAAAAUAUAAAUACAAGAAUCUUUGUACUGAUCUGCAUCUUUCUGUUUAUUAUGCAAGUAAAUAUAAGUGACAGUAAGCAACUAAAUGAAUUGAGAUGAUUUCCUGUUUAUGGAUGUGUGGAAAUGUCUCACUUUGUGUGGAUUUUUGUAGAUUUUAGACACAUAGUAAUUUUUUUAACCAAUUCUUGUCUUUUAUGUGACCAUUGCAUUUUUCGUUAGCACCCAUUUGGGGUGAAACUGCCUCUUCUCUCAUAUUGAGAAAACAACCGGUAACAUUUAUUUGCUCUUCACUAAAUGAAUUUUUCUCAACUUUUGUAAGUUGCUGUUUGUACUUACAGUUCAGCUGAAGUGCCUUAUUCCAACAAGCAGUUAACAGCUCUUUAACCUCAACCACAUGUUGAUAUGAGCCCUUUUCUGCUGUGCAGAACUCUAUUUAUUCUUUCAUUACUGCUCUUAUUCAUCCAUCCAACUGCUUUUUUCAUCAGGCUGACUGCUCUCUAGCAUUAGGAGGUUACACUCCUUCAGUGUGAUUUUUAUUGUGUCCGUUCACACUUCAUUUUAGCCCAGGAAGGACUUGAAUUUAUAUUAAUAACACCUUGAUAUUAAUAUGUGUACAGAGUAGUGGUAGUUAUUUUAUGUGAACUAAUUUCUGCUCAUAUUUUGAUGCCAUCAAUUUGAAGUAUUCAUUUAUUUAAAAAAAAAAAAAAAUUGUUUUGCUGUGGUCUUAAGAGUGUUAAGUAUUAAGAGUGUAUUCUUUACCAGUUUUAUGUUGUUUAAAAACACUUGAAUGUGAACAGUGACAGUGAGUGCAUGUUCUGGAUUGUUAUUCAGCUUUCAUUAUUCAUCUAAAUUGUAUUUUGAGUUUAACAUUUGUCUAAUCAUGUCAUUGAUAUGUAACUAUUUAAUUAUCUACAUAAUUUACAGUGUGGUACACAUUUUUACUAUUUUUGUAAACAUAUAUUGCAUAAAACAUAUUUUGCAAAGCUUAAUAACACUGUAUGAUGUAAUCCAAGUGCAAGGAUAAUUUCGGAAAUAAAGUUAUUUCAUAUAGA